AUGGACGAUUCUGGGUCGUUACGACUCGACAAGGUUCGUUCACCGACAAUCUCUCCUGAUGCAGUCAUUGUGUAUCACGACCUGACCCAUGAGACUCUUCUGCCUUCACCAGUACCAUUUCAUAAAGAGAAUGUGGAGAUAAUUCCUCCACCCGAUCUACGUUCUUAUGAUUCUCCUUUCAAUUGGUCUCAAUCCCGGAAAACCUUUAUAACAUGGCUCUCGUGUACCGUGACCGUAGUGACAGCGUAUACCGCUGGCGCCUACAGCCCGCCAGCCCAGCAGAUGUCCGAGUACUGGCAUGUAAGUACCGUGGCUAUUUUUGUGGGAAUAACAACAUUCACCACUGGCUUCGCUAUCGCUCCAAUGGUGCUGGCCCCGUUCUCCGAGCUGAAUGGGAGGAGACCCGUCUUCAUUGCAACUGGCAUCUUAUUUGUUCUCUGCCAACUCUGCUGUGCAAUCACGCGUUCCUAUGGGGGCAUGCUCGCCGCGCGAUUUUUUACAGGGGUAGGAGGGAGUACCUUCUCUACCAUGGUCGGUGGAGUGAUCAGUGACAUCUAUCAUCACGAAGAUAGAAAUAUGCCCAUGUGCCUGUUUACGGGGGCAGCUAUGAUGGGAACUGGUCUGGGGCCCAUGGUCUCUGGAUUCGUAGCACAGCAUCUUGAAUGGCGGUGGGUCUUCUACCUACAAGCUAUUGACGGCAGUCUUGUCAUCCUCGCCGUAAUAAUGUUCUUCCAGGAAACCCGAGGUAGCGUAUUACUGAGUCGCAAGGCUAGGGUGCUCAAUGACUGGUACGAAGCUCGGGAAAAGGCAGGCCUUAUCGGUUUCAGCGUGCCCUCGGAUACGACUGGAAUCAUGCAAAUACAGAGAAUCCGAUGGAGAGUCCGGGCUGAUGAGGAGCGAGAUAGCCUCGCAAAGAUGAUUGCUAUCUCGUGCUACAGACCCUUCCGUAAGUGCACGCUCAUCAACUGA